AUCACACAAACCAUGGGCAACGUCACCGACACGGCCGACAAGGCCAGUUCUCGCACCGUCCACAUCGCGGCGGCGACGACUUGACUCUCUUUGUCGUCCUCCAACGCAUGGUGCCGUCGAUUUUCGCUUUGGCUAGCGAUGGCGUCAUACCGCUGCUGCAGCGGAUCAAGGAGUCGCUAUCUCAGAACAGACUGCUGCUGAAGGACGUGACUACUAACGCCGGACGAGAGAUUUUGGUCUCGAGAAGAAUGGCUGCCGCCGGGCGGGAGGGGAGAAGAGAGAGGAGGCGGCUGCAUUUUCUGGUCUGGAGAAGAAGGGUCGUCGACAGGCGGAAGGGGAGGAGAGGGAGGAGGCGGUUGCAUUAGGGUUUGCGAUAUAAUAUAUAAAAAUAACUUUUUAAAGAAUAGUAAUCAGGUGUGGUAUUAUUUCUGUUUCCAAAAUUAUCCUUCAUAUAAUCUUCAUCGUCAACUUAAAAAUAGGAUGAAAUAGAUAUAAUCAAUGGUGUUUGGUAGCCACCGUAACCACUCUAACGCAUUCCUAUAAGUAAUGACCACAAUCUAGCUAAUAGAGCAGAAGCCCUAGAAGUAAAUUAAAGGAAUGAGU